CGACGGUGAAGCUUUGCAAGGCUCCGUGACUUUCUUGAAGCUAGCAUUACCUUGCUAUCAUUUAUCGCCUCGGCUCUUUAAAAUGUUAACAGUUGAUCGUGAUACAUUUUCUGGAUGUGUUGAGGUCUUGCUUGUGCGGUUUGGGGAGGAUUUUGGAGAAAAUGGGAUACGCUAAAAGCAGCGUUGACAUGGAUUCGAGAAGAAGGAGUGUAUCGUCUGUCCCUGGUUCCAGCUUUAACAUCAGAGGGCAGGCAUCUAAAAGUAGCCCAUUUUAUCCCAACUCCUCCAGUAGGUGGGCCGAAGCAAUGAUUAAAAAUCACAUGAUGUCUCACUACAAACGGAUUUAUUCAGCUAAAGCUGUUGUCGACACCUCGAUACCCAAAAGCCUUUCACACAAUAUGAAGUACAUUGACAGGAAGAGGCAGGAGCGUAUAAAGCAAGGCGGUCGUCCCCAAUCUGCGCAGUCAUUCUCUCAUGGGAACAGCAGAGCUUCAUGUUACUCGGCGCAAAGUCGAUGUUCCCUGCAGUCGGAAUGCCGGCCCUACCUCAGCUCAAGAAACACUGUGCUCUCCACCCCAGGAUUUCGCAGUUCCUUUCAAACUAAGGAGAUGCCCUUUUCUAAAGCUGCCCCUCAGAAUCAUCAUUAUCACCAUCGCCCUCACUCCGCCGCAGAACAAAAGUUUCGAAGCCAGGAGUCGAUAUCGCACUGGCAGCCAUCGGCAUCUUACCUAUACUCCUCGGGCGGCUCGAGCUUUUCCAGGGCGUUCCGGGAUCCCGUGCAAAAGACGUACAGCGGCGACUUGCUCCAGAAACAUUCGCAGCACUUCACCCAAGACAAGCCUUUCACACCUAGGAUGCUGAGGUCGGAAAAGAGCUCGUACCUGUCGAGUUAUCGCUACUACCAGGCGCCGAGGGUCACCAAAUUUAAAGGAUGUGACGACUUAAGAUCGGAGAAAGGAGCAAAAACUAUACAGCAGACACAGGAGUUGGAAGAGCAACUUCAGGAACUUGAUAAAGAGCAACAGUUGAAUGAGGACAAGCACAAUGGGACAUACUUAACACCAAAACAACAAACAAACAAGAGCCGCAACUAUGAUCACUUCGACUUAUCCAGUUUCACACUUGAGGGUGGAAACAUGUCUUCAAGUGCAGAGGACGAAGAAUUGAUGUACCUCGAAUUUAUUAAUGAUGUAACGGAAGACAUCUUGUCCAGAGGAUCCGUCUCUAACAGGGUCCUCAACCGGGUGAUAGAGCGGCAUAUUGAUAUGAAUCUGCAUCGUCUGGAUGAGGCUAAAAUGCGCCACCUUCUGGAUAUCCUGCGCAACAACCUGGACGAGCCUUCCUCUGCGUCCUCUUACAGCGAGGAGCUUGUGAAAAAAGACUUGUUGGAUUCUCUCCUAGUGACUCCUGAACCAACACUGGAACAAGUGAAAAACGAAGGGGACAACAGCCUCUCUUUUUAUAAAAGCAAAUGUGAAAAUUCUCCAGCGCGGUGUCAGGAGCCCGUGUUAAACACCACACCACUGUGGUCUCCUGAAAAACGUUUCUCGCUAACAGGGAAUGAAAAGGCCGACGAGGAGGUGAAUCGGGAAGAAAGCGAGCUUGAGGAUGCUAGCAAUAAUGAAGUAAAGGAUGUAGAACACUACCGGUUGUUCGCGACGGAGCAGGAAGAGGCAGACGGAGAAACCAGACAUGAGGAGUUCCUUCAGGACCAGGUUGAGGUGAAUUUUACAGAACAAUCCAAAGAUCUUGAAGACCUGGAAAGAAGGUUUUCAGAGUCGCUGCAUGUCGAUCAAGAUGACACAUUGGACUUUAGUAGUGAGCAACAAACAAAUACACUGACGUCCGUCAGUGAGAACGACUUUUGAAUGUUGCCGCUGAACGUUGAAACCUCAUUGUUAAAGGGAUCCUGCGAGUUAUCUGCAUUACAGCUUUUGAUGACCGCUGUAUGUCAUGGCAACUGUUAUUUUUCACGCUGAUCCUUACAUCAGACAAGCGUAUAAGAAAUGGUUGUCAACACUGUCCCAACUACCUUUUGAAGCUGGCCCUACCUUUCUACCAGAAAAGUAAUUUAUGCAUUAUAGCAAAUGGUAGUAUUGUUGAAUAUCCAAAUAUCCAAUUUGCAGAUGCUGCAUUACUUAGUGAAAACAUAGGCACUGCCAUACUUACCUUUGUUAAGUUACAUCCAGUGAGGAGCAGAGGUCUGAAAUUUCAAUCAUAGAUGCAUUUCCACUUAUAGAGACAUAAUCUAAAAAAAUCUGGAACCCACAUUGUAUUAUUUUUCAAUAAUUUGUAAUUUACUGGGGUUCGUAAGUAUUUAUAGCCCUGAGAAAAUCAGUGCUAAUAUUUAGUGCAGAUGCCUUUGUUUGCAAUUACAGAGGUCAGACGCUUUCUGUAGUUCUUCACCAGGUUUUCGCAGAUAGAAACAGGGAUUUUGGCCCAUUCCUCCGCACAAAUCUUCUCAAGAUCUGUCAGGUUUCGGGGCUGUCGUUGAGAAACUUGUUUCAGCUUCAUCCAAAGAUUUUCUAUUGGAUUGAGGUCUGGAGACUGGCUAGGCCACUCCAGAAUCUUGAUAUGUGUUUUAUGCAGCCAGUCCUUGGUCAGCUUAGCUGUGUGCUUCAGAUCAUUGUCAUGUUGGAAGAUUCAGCCACGACUUAUCUUCAAGUCUCUGACUGAGGGAAGUUGUGGCUCAAAAUCUGACGAUACAUAUCACCAUUCAUCCUCUGCUUUAUACAGUGCAGGUGUACUGUCCCCUUUGCCGAAAAGCAGCUCCACAGCAUGAGGUCUCCACCCCCAUACUUCACAGUUGGGAUGGUGUUCUUGGGAUUGUACUCAUCAGUCUUUUUUUCUCCACAGACGAUGAUUAAAGUUUCCACCAAAAAGGUCCACUUUGGUCUCAUCUGACCACAUGACUUUCUCCCAUGACCCCUCUGCAUCAUUCAGAUGGUCCCUGGCAAAUUUCAGAUGGGCCUUCAUAUGUACUGCCUUCAACAGGGGAACCUUCUGAGAAUGCAUGAUCUGAAACCAUUGCACUGUAAUGUUCUACUUACAUUAGCCUUUGAAACUGUGCAUCCAGCUCUCUUCAGGUCAUUGACCAGCUCCUGCCAUGUAGUUCUAGGCUGAGCCCUCACUUUUCUCAUCGUGAGUGAUGCCCCACGAGGAGAGAUUUUACAUGGAGCCCCAGUCCGAGCUAGAUUCAGUCAUGUUUAGCCUUUUCCAUUUUCUAACAACUGUUACAAUUGUUGAUUUAUUCUUACCAAGCUGCUUUCCAAUUCUCCUAUAGCCUUUUCCAGCUUUGUAGAGCUCAACAAUUUUUUUCUAUUGUGUCUUUCGAAAGCUCUCUGGUCUUGCCCAUGGUAGCAGUUGGAUUAUGGCUGACUGUGGGGUGCACAGGUGACAAUAAUGGGCUUUUUUAGGGGUAGAAUGACAACUCUUUGUAUGUCAUAAUUAUUGCUGAUUCUCAGGGGUAGAAAUGCUUCUGAACACCAGUAAAUUACAAAUAAAUUAUUUAAAAAAUCAUACAAUGUUAUUUCUGGAUUUUUUUUUUUUUUUAGAUUAUGCCUGUAUGAGUGGAAAUGCAUCUAUGAUUGACCUUUCAGACCUCUACCUAUUUUUUUCUAAGUGGGUGACUUGCAAAAUUACAAGGAGUGCAAAUACUUCUGCUCGUAUAUACUUCUGUGAGCUGUUUCACCGAAACCACGGUGGCAAAAUGAUGCCCUCACAAAUUGCAUUCUGGUAUUUCAUCAAUUUUAUUUGUUGAUAUUUUUAAAUUGAUUUCAAAUGCUAUUGUUACCAUGGCAGCUUAGGAGUUCUUAAAGGCAAGUAUGUCUCGUCUUUGCCCAUUUUCUCAGAUUUCAUAAUCUUAAAUGUCCUAAAGUUUGAACAAAAAAAAAUGUGAACUUUUAAUUUAAAAAAAUCUUUGCAGUUCGAAGCGUUUCAAAAACACAAUUUUUAAGAGGGGUGAAACUCAUUUUGGCAUUUUUUUGACCUACUUUACUGUGAAUCUUCUGUGAUGCUAUGUAAUGAUGUAUAAUGCAAUGCUGCUGUCAUUUUUCAGGACAUCUGUGGAAAAGUUAUUUUUUCUGAAAGGGAAGAAUGUUGUGUGUUAUUUACCGUUCAGUCAUGUUUGUUUGCUAUUUGGGGGAAAGGGGUGUAAAAUUCUUGCUUUGACCAAAGUAUAUUAAGGCUUAGCUAGGUAUACAAUAUAGAGUGGUACAUCUACUUACGUAAUUAAUUGGUUCUUGAAGUAGUUUCUUAACUUGAAAAUUCUGUAACUAGAGACGUGUUUUCCAUGUACAUGCCCUAAUCUGUUCCGAGCCCCCCCAAAUUCAGACAUAAAUCUUUUAUAAUGCAUAAAAAUGCGUCAAAACAUGUAACAAAUAUGUUACUACUAGAUUAUUGUACAAUAAUAAUAUUCUGAGUUGUGCAUAAUAUAAAAAAACAAGACUAGAGUAACGAAUCAAGGUUAGAACACUCAUGUAAAUCUGUCGGAACACGAGGGGCGAAUGAAGACGCUGGGAUACACACAUACACAUACAGUAGAGUUCCCUCUUAACUAAUUAGAUGCUAAGCAAUAGCCAAUUUCAGAGCGGCUAUAAGUAUGUUACGUUCAGUCAAUUCUGGGAGCUGCAAGUACCAGCCAUACUGUAUUUUUGCCUUUGGUGUCCUGAAAUUUCUUAAAGAGAGGCAAUAUUUUCCCAUUGAGGCAGGUCUUAACCUGAAAAUUUUGUAUGUAGAGACGUUCUUAAAACAACACUAGGUAACUUUUCAGCCGUUAUAAAAUAUUUUCAAAACAUUUGUAAUGCUAUGUCGACUGACAUAGCAGUAACUUUAAGGAGGGUGGCAGGAACCCUACCACACACAAAAAAAAAACUACAAAUUUGCUGACUGCUUUAUGGCAUACGUCACUUCCCCAGGUUUUCCGUGUUGAAUCAAAUUAAGCAGGAGGCUCUUGGACCAUAGAGGCGCUCCCUCGCAUCGAGCCAGUCGUCCACCUUAGGUGCGCUAUUUUCUGCUUGGGCUCGAGCCAACAGCUACGGCCGGCCCGACGAGUGGUGGCCAUGAUUCUUGCUUCAUCAAGCUUUUAAGGCUUACCCCAUUAGUGUUGCCACUUGUCACUCAAACAUGUCUGACCAAGUGCAACAUUUGUCUGAAAAUGAUUCAAACAAAAAACAAGUGCCUUCAAAACUUUUUGCAGUUAAAAAAAGUGUGUUCAAAACUUUUUGCUCUUCAAAAAAUAUAAGAGUUCAAAAUGUUUUGCACUUAAAAAGAAGUGACACUUCAAGUAAAAAAAAUAAUUUCAAAUAAAAAUAAUAUUUUUAAAAAUAUACAUAUAUUAUCUUUAAGAGAUGGCAAUUUUAUUUUUGCAAAAGUAAUUUAAAUAUUUUUUUUCGAUUGGAGCAACUUUUUUGGGGGAUUGAAUUAUUUAGACACAAAUGUCCUACCUAUAAUUUGGCCCAAACACAAAAAAGAUGGCUUCAAUCAAAGAAUCCAAAUUUUUGGGUCUCAAAUAUUUUUUCGCAUUCAAAAACAUUUCUUUAUGAUUGGAAAGUUUUUGAAAUAUUUUUUUGAUUGAAGUGAUUUUUCUUUUGAAAAUAUUUUGCAACUUAUUUUUUGAUUGAAUAAUAAACACACUAAUGUCCUAGCCAAAAUGUGGCCCGAAAGCAAAACGUUACUUCAAUCAAAAAAGAAGAAAAAAAAAAAAAAAAAAAUCAAAGAAAAAUAGUUUUCAAAUGCAUUUUUUGGAGUUUCACAUUUAUUUUUGCAUUCAAACACUUUUUUUUUAUUGAAGUGACUUUUUGUGAUUGAAAAUAUAUAUAUUUUGAUGAAACUUUUUUUUUUUUUGAUUGAAUUAUAAAGACACAAAUUUACCUCCAUAGUCCACCUGCGUUGCUAAAAUCGACCAAAACUGAAAUGUUACCUAGUGUUGCUUUGAGUUGAGGUACCACUGUAGUUUUGUGCCCAGGCAUUUAUUGCCGUAGCUUGCAGUUUGCUGUUUGAAAUUUGUUAUGUCAUCAAAAUGUGUGGCUGAAUUUCUAUGUUGACUAACAGAUUUGAGUCACCACAAGGUGUCUU